CACUCAGACGCGGCCAAGAAUGUUGAACAGCGCCGGGUGGGCUUGAAGUUUUGGGUGGGCUGGGUUAUCUGUGAAUUCGCUGCAACCCAAGGCAGGUUGGAAAAUGCAGCGGCAGUACCUCUGUCUGCCAUGGUCACUUUUUAUGCGGUUAGUUUUGAUGGUUUCUAUUUGUUACUGUGAGCCAAUGAAAGAGGAAGUAAGUGCAGAGAGAAGUUUGGUCUGGGGGCCGGGUCUGAGGGCUGAUGUUGUGCUGCCGGUUCGAUAUUUCUAUAUCCAGGCAGUGAGCAACACGGGAGAAAAUAUCACCUCAUCCCCUGGCAGCAAUACUUUCAGUGUUACGGUCAAGGUGCUAAACACCAGAGAACAUGUUCGCCGAUAUGUACCAACGCCCUUGGAUCGAAAUGAUGGAUCAUUUCUGAUGAGGUAUCGAAUGUAUGGAAGUGCCAUUGAGGGGAUAAAGAUUGAAGUAUUUCAUCAAGGUCAACAUGUAGGCCAGUCACCGUAUAUCUUAAAAGGCCCUGUUUAUCAUGAGUACUGUUACUGCCCAGAAGAGGAUCCUGAAAAAUGGCAAGCUACUCUCUCAUGUCCUGCAAAAGAAGAACAAAUUUCUAGUGACUUUGAUAAUUUUCCCAGUAUAAACCUUUCACUCCUGCUGGAGCAAGUGCCAAAUAGAUUUGGUGAUCGAGGAAUUGUUCACUACACUAUAUUAAAUAACCUGAUUUAUCGACGAACCAUGGGACGGUACACAGACUUCAAAAUGUUUUCCGAUGAAAUGCUUCUUUCUUUAGCAAGGAAAGUUCACUUACCCAAUGUUGAGUUCUAUAUAAAUGUUGGAGAUUGGCCACUGGAAACUCGUAAAAUAAAAGAUAGCCCACUGCCUAUCAUUUCUUGGUGUGGCUCAGAAGAUACUGCCGAUAUUGUUCUUCCAACAUAUGAUAUCACACGCUCUACAUUAGAAACACUGCGUGGUGUAACAAAUGACCUACUUUCUAUCCAAGGACAGACUGGUCCCUCCUGGAGCAAUAAAACACAGCAAGCAUUUUGGAGAGGCAGAGACAGCAGUGAGGAGAGACUCAGACUAGUAAGGAUUUCCAGAAAGAAUCGGGAUCUUUUGGAUGCUGGAAUAACUGCGUAUUUCUUUUUUCGUGAAGAAGAGAAAGCUCUAGGAAAAGCCCAACUUAUCAGUUUCUUUGACUUCUUUAAGUAUAAAUAUCAAGUGAAUGUGGAUGGUACCGUGGCAGCAUAUAGGUUCCCGUACCUUAUGUUGGGUGACAGCCUUGUAUUGAAACAGGAUUCGAAAUACUAUGAGCACUUCUACAAAUCUCUAAAACCAUGGAUACAUUAUAUUCCAGUGAAGAGAGAUCUGAGUGACCUUAUAGAAAAGAUUAAGUGGGUGAAGGACAAUGAUGCCGAAGCACAGAAAAUUGCCAGAUCAGGGCAGGUUCUUGCUCGAGACCUUCUACAACCUUCAAGUCUUUACUGUUACUAUUACAAAGUCUUACAGGAGUAUGCUAGGCGACAGACGACUAAACCUGAAAUUCAGGAAGGAAUGGAGCACGUUCUACAGCCGUCUGACCAUGAAUCUAUAUGUAACUGCAAAGGAGCUACCAGUGUAAAGGAAGAACUGUAACUGUAAUCAAUAUUAUUGCUUGUUUUUAUUUUGUAUGCUUUAUUGAAAAAUAAUUCUUUCUUGGACCAUUUCUAGAAAGGGCCUGGGGUAAUGUAUAUUUUAAACAUGAACUAAAAUUCACUACACUCAGCUUUUGUGUAUAAUGUUAAUUCAGCCCUUGCGGCUUCAAGUUGACAAAAUGAAAUGUGAAAUUAAAAAGUAAACAUUGCAGAAAUAAUGUACUGAAGUUUGUAAUUUAAACUUAGCAGUUAUUUGAGCUAUAAUUUGUAACUGAAGAUAUACUUCAUCUGGUUUGAUUUGUCAGUAGGCACAAUGUUGCAUUUAGUCUGUUGACACAUUUGACGAAAUAUUAGAAUCUGAUUUUGUUUCUUUAGUAAUAGAGCAACUUUCAGAACCAAUUUACUUCAGUACAUGCUUUCUGCAUAUAUAUAUAAAUAUAUUAUAUAUAUGAGAGUUUUUUGUAAACUACAAGUCUAAUGUACUCGCCCCAGAGAACUGUUUAUAUUAAAUAUGUGCUGAAACUUGCAAGAAAUAUUGUACUUUAUGUUUGUAAAGUAAAUUAAAGAUUCAGUGUGACUAUUCACAGAGGGAAUAUAAUGAAUUAUGUUUCAAAAUUACAGAUUCAAGUUUUGAUUUGCUAUGCUAUCAAAUUAUUCAUCCUUAGGGCUAGAAAUAAUUAUUUAAAUAAUUGGCAAAGAUUUUCAAGGGAGAUCAUAGUGACUGCCUUAUAUAUAUUGUGUUUUUGUGUGUAUGACUGUGUGUCUAUAUAUAAAAUACAUGCGAUGAACAGUUUCUGUUUCUUAAAUGACAGCAAGGAUGGGAUUUAGAUCUAGAUACAGUCAAGGGUGCAAAUUUGAGUGAAUCUAGCAAAUUGCAUCUAAUUAGCCAUUGUUUAACCUCCCCAUGCUUAAAUUUAUGUGCAAGGAUAAAUUGCACAUUGUAUAUUGAAUGAAAAGUAAUAUUAUUACCCAAAGGCAUGAAAAGUAAAUGAGAAUUCAAAGUUAUGUUUUCAAUUACAUUAGCCAUGGACCUAAAGGUAGAGCAGUUUUAAGUAUUCAAGUGUCCUAUUCCUGUUCCAAUUCAUGUAUUUUAUAGUUGGAAAUAACAAGGCAUCUGGGACUUUCAGUUUCAUAAAUAGCGAUAGAGAGUGUAUGAGGAACGAGAUCAUAGAAAAGUUGAUGCACCUGGAAAAAUUAAGUGUGAGCUGACAAUUCAGUGUCAAUUCAGUGAAUUCUGUCUCAGCACUCCUUUGCAGCAGUGCUACAAAUCUAAUUUCAAAUUCCUUUCAGUCCUUGCCUUUUAAGAGCACAAGAUGAUUGUUAAAUUCUGAAAUAAAAACUGAAGGUAUAUUUAAAAUGGGACAUUAAUGGCUCUAUACUAAAUUAUUUUGAGAUGCCCCUUUGUUCUGUAUUUAAUUAUCUUCCUAUUCUUCCACCCAGAAUGUCUCCCCUCAUUGCUCUCAAUCUAGUCCGAUUUCCAUCCACUGCCAACUCUAUCUCAUUUCUGCCUCCAAAUUAUUUUAUACAGUCAGAAUCAAGUAGGGAGCUUCUCGCUGGUGCCAGAUUCUUUGUAAGUCCAUUUGCAGUUUUUGAUUUAACUGCAGGGAAAAUGGAAGUUUUGAGAAGAUUUUGGCAGCUAAACCCAAGACAUAUUUAAAUAUUUGAUUAUUUUAGGGUUCCUAAAUCUGGGGUAAAAAAGAGACGGAGAAAAUUUCACUUGUAGUGCUUUCAAACACACAAUGCUGGAGGAGCUAAACAGGUCAGACAGCAUCUGUGGGGAUACGUAAAGACCCAACAUCUCAGGCUGAGACACAUCACCAGGUCUGAGAAGGAAGAAGCCAGAAGAAAGAAGGUGGGGAAACAGAAGGAGUACAACCUGGAAUGUGAUCGGUGAAACCAGGUACCAGGUGAGGGGGAAGGCAGGUAGGUGAGAAGGGGAAAUGAAGUGAGACACUGGGAGGUGAUAGGUCAGAAAGGUAAAGGGCUGAAGAAAAAGGGAUCUGAUAAGAAGGGAGAGUGGUCCAUGGGAGAAAGGAAAGGAGGAAGGGCAGCAGAGGGAGGUGAUAAGUAGGGUGAGGAAAAAAGAAUGCUUAAAAAGGGAAGAAGAAUAGGGAAUGGUAAAAGAGAGAAGGGGAGGGGGAGAAAUUUCCAGAGGUUAGGUAAGUCAAUGUUCAUGCCUGACCCACUGGGUUCCUCCAUCAUUUUGUGUAUGUUACUCUAGAUUUCCAGCAUCUGCUGAAUCUCUUGUGUAUAAAAAUUAUGCUGCUUUCAAAACCUUUCAGACCACAAGACAUAGGAGCAGAAUAAGGGCAUUCAGCUCAGCAAGUCUUCUCUGUCACUCCAUCAUGGCAGAUUUAUUAUGUUUUUUUUGUUAUAAUAUAUUAUCCCCCUCAACCCCAUUCUCCCGCUUUCGCCCCCCCCCCUUUGACACCCCUACUAAUCAAGGACCCAUCAACCUCCGCUUUAAAUAUACCCAAUGACUUGGCCUGCUCAGCUGUCUGUGGCAUUGAAUUACAGAGUCAUCACCCUCUGUCAAAAGAAAUUUCUCAUCUCUGUUCGAAAGGGGCAUCCUUCUAUUCUGAGGCUGUGCCCUCUGGUCCUAGACUUGCCCACUUUAGGUAACAUCUUCUCCAUAUCCACUCUAUCCAAGUAUUUCAAUAUUCAAUAGGUUUCAAUGAGAUUUCCCCCUCAUUCUUCUAAACUCCAGUGAGUACAGACACCGAGCCAUCAAACACUACUCAUAUGUUAACCUGUUCAUUCCUGUGAACCUCCUUUGGACCCUCUCCAAUACCAACAUAUCCUUUCUUAGAGGCCCAAAACUGCUCAAAGUACUCUAUACUGUCUGACCAAUGCCUGAUAAAGCCUCAGUACUAGAUCCUUGCUUUUAUAUUCUAGCACUCUCAAAAUGAAUGCUAACAUUGUAUUUGCCUUCCUUGCCACCAAUUCAACAUGCAAGUUAACAUUUGGGGAAUCCUGCAUUGCAUUGGGACUCCCAAGUCUCUUUGCACCUCUAGCUUCUGAAUUUUCUGCCCAUUUAGAAAAUAAUCUACACCUUUAUUCCUUCUACCAAAGUGCAUGACCAUACACUUCCCUACACUAUAUUCCAUCUACUACUUUGCCCAUUGUCCUAAUCUGUCAAGUUCUUACUGAGAUAUAUAAAUAUAUAUAAAUAAUAAUAACGUGGGAGGAUAAAAGCUGUCACACUAAUUAGACUACAGCACUAAUCAGAAGCAGCCAACCAGAAAAGGUCCCCUUUAUUGCCAUUCCUUACCUCCUGUCAGUCAGCUGAUCUUCUAUCCAUUGCCAGUAUCUUUUCUGUAAUACCAUGCCUGUUACCUUGUUUAGCAGCCUCAUGUGCAGCACCUUGUCGAGGGCCUUCUGAAAGACCAAAUAUACAAUAUCAAAUGACUCUCCUUUGUUUAUCUUACCCACUAUCCUUAAAAGCCACACAGACAGCAUGUUGAGAACAUAGUGAUUCUUUGCAAUUCACAAAAAUGGCACCAUUUUUGGUUGAUAAGUUUUAAACACCACUGAUCUAAUUAUCAUAAUAUCAAUUUCCCUAUUAUCCUACACUUUGUAUAAAUUAAAACUUGUAUUAAAUCUAGAGUCACAAAAAUAUGUCAUGAGAGUGGAAGGUGCUCUUUGUUAGUAGUAGACAGACAUUAGGUAGUAGAUCUUGGAGGAAUGUGAUAGUGUUUCUGUCCACCUGUUACUCAUCUAGGUUACAAAUUUCAUGGGUUGGGAAGUAUGGUUUUAAAUGGUGCACAGUGUGGACAUGCGCUUUAAUUGAGUGGCAAUAUCCAUUGUCAGGUUCCUUCAAGAUCUGCUGUGAUUCAAUUGUUGUUAAUAGUGACUGUACAAGAACACAAAAUAAAAUGCCUUUACACGUUAGCAAGUAGAAGAUGAAAACUGCUGAACUGUGGGUGUUGUUUUUAUGUAAUGCUUUUGUAAGUUGAAUGGUGUCAUAGAAACUCACAGACUGGGAUAAUAUAACUAACUAUAAUGGAUGCAAAAAUAAGAGAUUUGGGGAAAUGUUUUAUUUUCUGAAGCUUUAGAACAACUUGUAUUGCAAUGAUUCAGUAUUUUUGUGCUUGCACCAGUUGUGUAUUGCAGAUUUAGAUGACAUCUUUUAACGGUUCAGUUGAACAAUAGAUUGUACAUGUUAAGGAGAUGCAGCACAUUUUAUUGGAAAUUACAUCAUAGAAGGAAAGAAGUCGUCCAUUUGCUCGUGGGUAGAUGCCAAGAUGUACAAGUUGGCUCCUGCCAAACUAGGAGAUAAAGUAUCAGGCACUCCUUCAGGAUGUGUGCUUAGCCCACUGCUCUUCUCUGUCCACUCAUGACUGAGUGGCGAAGCACAGCUCAGAUGCCGUCUAUGACUCGCAGAUGACACCACUGUUGUUGGUAAAUGGUGAUGAGGAGGCAGACAGAAGCAAGGUAGUUCAGCUGGCUGUGUGGUGUCAUAAUAUCAAUCUCGUACCCAAUGUCAGCAAGACCAGGGAUUUGAUCGUGGGCUUCAGGGAGGGGAGUGGGAAAGCACACUGCUCCUCACUGAGGGGCUUCAAGUUCUAGGGCAUCAGCAUCGCAGAGAAUCUACCCUGGGUCCAACACAUUGAUGCACUGAUACAGGCGGCAUUCAAGCAGCUGUUUCCUUAGGAGUUCAAGUCACCAAAUACUCCUGAAAAUGUCUAUCAAUGAGAACUACUUCAUUAUCCCUUUCUUCAUGCUGUUUAGUUUGUAACUUGUAAUUUUUGUUUAUGCACUGUACUUCUGCCACAGAACA